GCUCCCCCCUCGAGGGCGAGGACGCCAGUCGACGCCGGGCGUCCCGAGCGUGCAGCAGCAAGCACGACGCGUGUAUUUCGAGACGUUCGUUCUUCGACGGUCGCGUUUUAAACUCGAUUCCAAACUCGAUUCGAAACGAAAGAAGAAACGAACGAGACGUUCAUUCUAAAUAAUUACAAAUUGAUCUCGAUCCUACUCGACUCGUCGUCGCCUUUCAAAGGCUUUCGAAAAUUUUGGGAUUUUUAUCGAUCGAUCGAUCGAUCGAUCGGUCGAUCGAUCCUCGAGUUUUCAUUUCGUAUUCAGGUGCUUUUCUUCCUAAUCGUUUUUAGGAUGCCUGGGACGGACGUGAUCUUUUACAAAAUUGUGUGAAAUUGAAAGGAUAAAGAUAGAGAGAAAAACGAAGAGAAAGAGAGAGAGAGAUUGAGAGGGAAAGAGAGAGAGAGACCAUUCGAGAUCGUUCGGUGAUCAAUCGUUUAUUUUUUCCUUUUUUUAUUUCCGUGCGAGAAAGAAGAAAGAGAUAAAAGUACGAGGAAAUUAUAAAGAUAAAAAAUAGAAUAAAAUGGAAGCUCGUUAUUAUUAUUAUUGCGACGAUCGUUCCAUCAGUUCACGGCCAUGCUCGAAGUUUCACGAAAGAAGACGCGAGAGAUCCAGGAUCGAAACCGGCGCUAAGAAGAAAUCUUUUACCUUCGAUCGGAUCGAAGAGAAAACAGAGUUUGCGAUGCUUGAACUCAGAGACUUCGAUGGUGAACGGCUCGCGUGUGAAUGCCGACCGGAAUCUUCCGUAUUGACGAGUGACGCGUACGCGGGUGACGACGAUAAUGAUCUACAAAUCUCUACUUUGUCUUCUUCUACUACUACUACUACUACUACUACUACUAAUACUAAUACUAAUACUAAUACUUCCACCGAUAAAUCAUUUUCCUCGCUUCGUCGUAUCCAGAAGAAGAGAAGUUUGCCGAUUUAUAUUCUACCAAGGAUGGCCGCACUUUUUAUCUUCUUCGUUUGCAUUCUCAUGCAGGAUGGACAGUCAACUUACGCGGCCUUCACAACCGUUACCACUGCACGAGAUCCUGAGUUCGUCUCUGAAAUAGGAAAUAUCACGGUACCGGCAGGGCGUAACGUUAAACUGGCAUGCAGUGUGAAGGAUUUGGGUACGUUCAAGGUGGCCUGGAUGCUCUUCGACAAGAGCGCCAUUCUGACGGUACAGAAUCACGUUAUUACCAGGAACCCAAGAAUAUCUGUGUCGCACGACGAGCAUACAACCUGGUACCUACAUAUCAAUAACGUGCACGAGGAUGACAAGGGAAAGUACAUGUGCCAGAUUAAUACGGCUGCGGCCAAAACACAAUAUGGAUAUCUCCACGUCGUUGUUCCACCGAAUAUCGACGAUUCACAGAGUUCCUCAGAUGCUAUAGUACGAGAGGGUGCAAACGUAACUUUGACGUGCAAAGCAACCGGAAGUCCAAUACCCAGCAUUCGUUGGAAAAGAGAUGACAAUUCGAAAAUCACGAUCAAUAAAAGUCUUUCCGUGCUCGAAUGGGUGGGAGAGACGCUAGAAAUGGAACGCAUUUCUCGACUAGACAUGGGCGCUUAUCUCUGCAUCGCUAGCAAUGGUAUUCCGCCUACGGUCAGCAAGCAGAUCAAGGUGUCCGUUGAUUUUCCCCCUAUGCUCUCAAUACCGCACCAAUUGGUUGGCGCACCCUUAGGUUACUCCGUCAAGUUGGAAUGCUAUACGGAAGCUCAUCCGACUUCUUUAAAUUAUUGGACCAGAGAGGACAAGCACAUGAUUCACGAUAGCAGCAAAUACAAGGUCGUUUCUACUCCUGAGGUUCCAUCUUAUAAGACUCAUAUGACCCUCGAAAUUUUCGACAUUCAGAUGGAGGACUAUGGUGCUUACAAGUGCGUAGCGAAAAAUCCACGGGGCAAUACCGACGGCGUCAUUCGGCUGUACAAAUCACCACCCCCGAGCACCAGUCCGAGCCCGUCAACCACCGAGAUCCCUAGAAAAGAUUGGGAGGCGAUAACGGAGCUGAACAAUUCCGUUUAUGCAAAUCCAAACUUGCUGACGAUUCACAACGAUAAGAAUAUGAAAACGAGUAACAAGUUUCAGUCGAACAUAAACGAGAUCGGAAAGUCGGAACAAAAGUCGAGCGACUUGAACAGGAAAAGGAAUUACAAUUGGCCUUCUGACGACAACGAUGCUGCAAUAUGCAUCGGGACGACAGGUGCAGCGAUAGCACUCAGCCUAAUCAUGACGACGAUUAUUCGAUAAGUUCGAAAAUGCUGAAGGACCACCGACGUCCGCUUUUCUGUAAUUAUGGAUUACGUUAAACAGAGGAAAUAAAAUAAAAUAAAAUAAAAUAAAAUAAAAAGUUAACAAGAAAAAAAAAGAAACACGUACACACGAGAUUAGAGACCCAAAUACACGUACACAUAGAAAUAUACACAGAGAGACAUGUACACGAAAAAGGCAUAAAGACUGACCGAGUAGUUAGUGUCGUAUAAAAAAAAAAAAAAAAAAAAUAAAAAAAGAGAGAAAAAAUACAAGAAGAAGAUGAAGAAAAGGAAUAAGAAGAAGAUGAAGAAGAGGAAAAUGAAAAAGGAAAAUCAAUAUGUAACGAGAUUUAUUAUGAAAUUUGAUUACGCGUGUCAAGAAAUAAGUGCAAAUGAGAGUUCAACGAGGAAGAUGAAAAAUUAAAAAAAAAAAAAAAAGGCAAAAAGAAAAGAAAAGAAAGAAAAAGGAACGAACGAAACGAGACGAACGAUUAAUGGAAAAUCACAAAGUGCAACGACUAUCGCUUUCAAUGUAAAAUAUUGUAUAACGCCGUAAUAUAUCAGUAAAUGAAGAAAAAAAAAAACAAAAAAUGGAAAAAAAAACCAAAAAACAAAUAUUCAUGCCGCGCCAACAGACCCUCCCCCACAGAUCAGCACAGCGAGGAGAGAAGGUCGUUUACGUGCGAAUCGAUUCUCUAUUUAUAUUUCUAUAUUCUAUUGUAUCAUGUUGCUAUAGAUAGUUUUGUCAACAAUUUAUCCUUUCUUCAUUUGCAAUAUAUCGAAAGCAAACGUCCUACAUUUGUUUUUGAAACUUCAAGGAUGAAAUUAUUUCCUCUCUUACUAUUGUUAUUGUUAUUGUUGUUGUUGUCAUUAUUAUUAUCAUUAUCAUUAUUAUUAUUAUUAUUAUUAUUAUUAUUAUUAUUAUUAUUAUUAUUAUUAAAUAUAAAAAUUGUUUUUGGCAUCGAUUUUCUUUCAAGUAUUUUAUUAGAAACGACUCUAUCUUUAUCACUCACUCUCUCUCUCUCUCUCUGUCUGUCUGUCUCUCUCUCUCUCUCUCUCUCUCUCUCUCUCUCUCUCUCUCUCUCUCUCUCUCUCUCUCUCUCUCUCAAUUUACUCCUUAUUUUUUCAUAUACGAAAUCACGGAACCCAUCUGGAUACUUGAGAUUAAAACGUCAGAUUUCGUACGUCCGAUAUUCUCACGUGAAGAGGUUAACGGAAGUAGAAAAAAAAAAGAAAGGAAGAAAGAAAUGAAGAAGGAGAAAAGUACAACGUGCAAAAGAAAGAGUAAGAAUAAAAAGAGAGAGAGAGAGAAAGAGAUAGAUGAUAGCGAAUGAAUAUUAAAGAGCAGAAUAUUAUUAUUUGCACGAAUCUUCGAUCGAAGACUACCUUUAAAGAGCUGACGUUCAGACGUCCCUUUUUCUUAUCCAAAGAGGCUAUCCAAAUCUCACUCUUACCAUUGUAAUCAUUUCUUCUACAUCUCGAACGAAAUCCUUUCACUCGACAAUUUCCACCACUCUUUCGUUCAUUUAUUCGCAGAUUUACUCGGAUUAAAAAAAAAAAUUAUGUCAACAAUUAUGUCAUUUUCUUGUAAAUAUCACUCAAUAUCAAUCAUUGCAAUAUCAACAAUUGGAUCGUCUAUAAUUCAAUAUAAAAUUUUCACAGCUACGAAAAAGUCAAACUUAUACCUGACAAAGUGAUUUAAAUCUUCGAGUUACUCGUAACAAACUAAUAAUAAUUAAUUUUAACAAUUAUAAUAAUAAUAAUAAUAAUAAUAAUAAUAAUAAUAAAAUUCUUAUAGAGAAUUAUAAAAAGAGAGAAUAUAAAGGAAAAAAGAAAAAGAGAGAAGUAUUAUCAAGAAGCAUUAGAAAAAAUCAAGCAGUAGGUAAACUAAUCUUCAUUUGAAAACACCUACCGAUUAUGUUCCGAAAGUGUCACUUCCGUUAGCCCUUUGUUCCCUUCUCCCAAGGGUAGUUUCCGUAAGAGUGCUUUACCCGUGUAAAACAAAACUCGUAGAAUGUUUGUCUGCACGCAAAAUACGAACACACACACACACACACACAUAUGUAUACAUAGAGAAAUACAUAGAGUGAGAGAGAAAGAGAGAGAAACAAAGUGUGAAAGAGAAAGAGAGAGAGAGAGAGACACACACACACACACACAAAGAAAUAGAGUGAGAGAGAGAAACAAAGAGAGAGAAAGAGAGAGAGAGAGAGAGAGAGAGAGAGAGAGAACAUAGAACUCGUCCCUCGAGGUACUUUCGUUGCACGUUUUGUCGCAUUAUUUAACGCCCGUCGUCCCGGUUGCCCGUUUUCACGCAGGAAAUCUGCCACCACUGGCACCCCCUCCACCAGCAAAAACGAGGAAGAGGAGAAAAAUACGUGCAUUACAUAAAGAUUUAUCUUGGCACGGGGAUGCAGCACGUGUUAUCCGUGACUCCUCGACGAACGUAAUUAAAGUCACGUCGUGUUGCGCGCGCGCACGUGUACGAACGGACGAACGAACGAGCAGGAGCAGGAACAGGAGCAGGAGCAGGAGCAGGAACGGGAACGGAAGCAGGAAUGGGAACGGGAACGGGAGCAGGAGCAGGAACAGAAGAGGACGCGGGCGCGAGUUCACUCGAGCGGAAAAAUGAAAAUUUAGUUACAUCUCUCUGCUUUUUAGCGAUGCUACGAGUAUUUCAAGUUACCCACGACAGCAUAUUUUUGUUAAUACUGUUCCUUUUUUUUUCUCUUCUUUUUAUUCCCCCUUCAUUCCUCUCUCACUCCUCCCCACCACCACCACCACCUCCUCCUCCUCCUCCUCCUCCUCCUCCUCCUUUCUCGUCAGUUUCAUUUCCAUAAUUCGUUGAGAAUUAUCGCAAUGUCAUUGUCUCUUUCUAUUUUUUCCCCCUUUUUUUUUCUUCCUUUUUUUUCUUUGGAAUUUUAAUCGUUUUGAAUUUCGUUGAUUCCCUCGUGUAAAUGGCCUUCUUGAUAUCGUAAAUAGUAGUACGUAUAUAUUUAAAUGGUGAAAGAAAGAUCGCUUGAAAGGCGUACGGAUUAUUUAUUACACGUAAUUGCACUUUUUGCAACUUUUAUUCUCACCAACGGUAGCGAUGUAAAAAGGAAAAAUAAGGAAUAUUAUCAUCAUCGAUCAAUAAUUUAUCCCUUCAAUUUUCAUCCUUAACAUUUACUAAUCCUACGAAAGAUCGUUUCCUCUAGCAACAUUUUAAAUUAAGGAGAAUUCAUUGAUCAAGUCUUAUCAAUUGAAAUUUGCUUCAAUGAUUGAUAAAAUAACGUUUCGAUCCGUUUGAAUUUGAGUUAGCUGAUCUGGUAAAGGAGAGGUGGUGGGUGGAGGUUAAUUAAUGCGUAUGUUAAUUAGUCGAGGAGAGGGAAUUAAACCGCGAACGCGCAGUGCAGACAGAAACGUAGCUCUUUCGCGAGCGGAGGUAAACGAGCGCCGGAUUAAGCUGACUUGGAACUACUUAGGAAUAUCCAUUAUUCAAGGUACAUCUUGUUUAAAGCAACAGGUUCAAGAUAAAGAGAGAGAGAGAGAGAGAAAGAGAGAGAGAGAGAGAGAGAGAGAGAAGUCAAGGUAUUCCGCGUAAAGGAGUUCAUGUUACGGCAUAGCUCGAAGUAUUAAAGAAGGGAUUAAAGAAUGGUACUGGUUGUAUUAAGGACAACUCCUGUGAAUUAUUCGGUAUCUGAAAAGAAAAAAGAAAAAAAAGAGCAAUCUAAGAAGUGCAGAAGAUAACACCAAAUUUUUUUUAAUCCCUCUCCUUCCUCCCACCAUUAAAAAUUUUCAUGUUCGUCAGGUUAUUUUCCUUUUCGUUUUUAUAUCUUUCUCUAUAUGAACAUUUGAUAAUAGUGCAUGGUCGAAUACGCCACUCAAGCGACAACGCCACGACUCUCGAUCCUCGAUCGUUUUGUCGUGAUUUAUUAUAAUAUAAUGAAUAACAGUAAUAAUAGGACUAAUAAUAAUAGUAAUAAUAAUGAUAAUACUAAUAAUAAUAAUAAUAAUAAUAAUAAUAAUAAUAAUAAUAAUAAUUAUGAUAGUAACUAUAAUAGUAAUAAUUACGACUCGUAUAGAAAGUGUGUAUGUGUAAAGCGAAAGAGUCGAAAAGGGAAAAAAAUAAAGGUAAAAGAUAAAAGAAAAAAGAAAACAAAAAAGGACAUUUCACUCAGGCUCACAUUCGUAUUUUUGUUAUAUAAUAUACUUUCUACGAUUUUCGUCAGGCUAAUCGUAAUUUGUACUAGAUAAGGGAGACGUGAUGACGUCGAGAUGAAAUAAAAGUCGCAAACUAAAACGAACGAACGAACGAACGAAUGAACAAACAAACAAACAAACAAAACGAAACAAAAAAGAGAAAAAGAACUUGCACGUAAAAUAGGAUAAAUUCUUCGAAUGUGGGCUUAAGUGAAUGAAAAAGAAAAAAGAAAAAAUACGUAAAAAAAAAAAUAAAUAAAUAAAUAAAUAAAAAGAAAUAAGCACAUGAAAACGAAGAAUGAGAAGAAGAUUUAUCCUCUUGUCAUCUGUGGAUCCUGUACAUAGGAGUAUAUAGUUAAUAACGGAACUAAAAGUAUGCGAUAAUAGAGCGAGAGAGAGAGAAAGAGAGAGAGAGAGAGAGUGAGAGAGAGAAAGAGAGAGAGAGAGAAAUUACGUAGAUUUAAGUUUCGAUCUAGUAUUAAAGAACGACACGACGUCCAUACCUUUAAAUGUAGAGCUUGCCGUGUCGUUCUGUCAAUGGCCGUUUUACGUUAAAAAUAAAUAAAAAAAAAAAAAAAAAGAAAAAAAAAAGAAAACAAAGGCAAAGAUAAAAAUAAAAAAUAAAUAAAUAAAUAACGGAAGAAACGAGAAGAUAAAAAAAAGAGUACCAGAAAAACGUGAGAAAGGGUUAGAGGGAAGGGAGGAGAGAGAAAGAGGGAGAGAAAUGGAUAUAAAAGAGAAAAGAAAUCUUAUAAUUAGCGAGAAUAUUUUCAUCCUUAGCCUUUUAAUUAACGAAUCAACGUAACACGAACUGCCCGUCUAGUCGUUAAAUGUAUAAGAGGAACGAAUUAACAGGAAGGUAUAUAUGUAUACAUAAUACAUCGGAAGUAUAAAUAUAUAAAUAAAUGAAUAUAAAUAUAAAUAUAUAUAUAUAUAAAUAUAAAUAUAAAUAUAUAAAUAUACGAAUUUUAAGGAGGACUAUCGAAGUAAUGAUAUAUCGUUAUAUACAUAUAUUACAUAUAUUGUAUGUGACAUGAUAUAUUAUUAUAAACACUAUUAUGCUUCGCGCCGUUGAUUUGAAUGUUGUUAUUUAUAAAAGAAAAAAAAAGUUACGAUAAAGAAAAAAAAAAAAAAGAACGUAUGCGAGAGUAAGGCAAAGUGAUGAGAGAGAGAUGGGAUGGAUAUAGCGACGAGAGAUUCUUAUAAGUAAACCCGACAUAUGUAAUAAAAUUUUGGCGUGCAACUACUGCCACAAAGAUGAA